GGCGUAGCUCGUAGCUUAUCAUUUCAAUUGCAUCUUCCCUGUACGCUAACAAAUAAUGGAGGAAUACAAAUCACUGAAAAUCAUUCAAAAAUCUCCAAAUUCUCUUGUUUAUUACCUGUAUCUCAACCGACCCACACACCUCAACGCUCUCUCACAAGAUUUCUUCACUGAAUUCCCCAAAGCCAUCUCCUCACUCGAUCAAAACCCCGAUGUCGCCGUUAUCAUCCUCGCUGGCUCCGGCAAGCACUUCUGUUCCGGCAUCGACCUCCAUACCCUAGGUGAUGUCUUCAAAGAAACCGACGCCGUUGAUUGUGGCCGUAAAGUUGAGAGACUCCGGCGACAUAUCAAGUUUCUUCAGGAGGCUAUUACUGCCUUAGAGUGUUGCCGUAAACCGGUGAUUGCUGCUGUCCAUGGCGCAUGUAUCGGUGGUGCGAUUGAUAUCAUUACUGCCUGUGAUAUUAGGUAUUGUUCUACUGAUGCUUUUUUCUCAGUGAAAGAGGUGGAUUUAGCUAUUACGGCUGAUCUCGGGACACUUCAGAGGCUUCCCAGUAUUGUUGGGUUUGGAAAUGCUAUGGAGUUGGCUUUAACUGGUCGAAGAUUUACAGGUUCUGAAGCUAAAGAUUUGGGCUUGGUGUCUAAGCUUUUUACUUCUAAAGAAGCUUUGGAGGAAGGUGUCAAAGUUGUUGCUAAGGAAAUAGCAAUAAAGUCUCCACUUGCUGUUAUUGGAACAAAAGCUGUGUUGCUGAGAAGUAGGGAUUUGACAGUGGAACAAGGCCUGGAUUAUGUUGCCACAUGGAAUUCUGGUGCCCUGUUAUCAGAUGACUUAAAAGAAGCAAUUUCAGCACAUAGCCAGAAGAGAAAGCCCAAAUUUGCUAAACUCUAGUUUGGUAAAUCAUGGAAUUUGAAAGUGUCAAUAGAUAUGCAUGUGCGCGAAUAAGACUGUCUGUUGGUCGAGUGACUGAGACCGAGGAGACACGGAAUGAUCCAUAAGUGUCUGUCUGACUUUAUGAAGAGCUUUUCGUAGAACCUCUAUUAUGCUUAAGGUCGGCUUGGAUAUUUCUGUCUUGUGAAAUUGUACUAAGUUGUUAGCCUGAGAAAAGAUAUCGUAUGGAAAAUCAUCUACGUGUUUUUACGUGCUGCCUACAUCAUACUAAUGUUGCAGCAUAUGUAUUGUCAUUCUAUGACUUGUGUUAACUGACAUCUCAACAAAACCAAUGUCUAGCUUUAAAUUACGUGCAUAGUCCUGCUUGCAAUUAACGAUCAAA